AUGAUUGAACUUAUAAUUGCCCUCAGUGCAUUGCACACUCUUGCUUAUUGCGACUAUUAUAAGAAUAACACCCUCUUCUUUGUUAAAGACGAAAUUUGUAAGUUCGAUCCAGAGGUGUAUAGUUACUCCAUAUCUCAUCGAGUCAGCUUUAACUUUCUUAACACAAGUAAAGAACUCACCGUGUUCUUGGACGACUCAAAAGACGUCGACUUUGUACUUGGACUUGAUAGUAUGAAGACUAUGAUACCUCGAAAACAGUAUUUCUCUUCACUUGAAAAGUUGAAUGUAUAUGGGAGUGGAGUGCAAGAACCACAUACACUCACUCUGAUGGCCCUGGAAAUUCAGAAGGAUUUUGAAUUGAAUGUGUACACUCCAAAUACUACAAUAAGAGUGUCGAAGAAUGACAUGGAAUAUCCUAUCACCUACAAGAUAACAAGUGUCGAUGGGAAUAAAGUGGUCUUUGUGAGAGGCGUAACAAGCCCAGCAGACCAUGUUAUUCUUGUUGGUAACGUCUCAGUGGCGUGGCAGAACUCCAACUCGAAGCACAGAGAGUCGUGUGAAAUUACGUUUGUUUCUGAAGGGAAGGUGUCAACUACUCCGUUUAAGUUUAGUGUAUAUGGUGUUGUUCAAGAAGCAGAGAAAUUGAAUGCAUUAUGUGAAAGAAAGGGUUACACCAGAUUUACGGAUUGUAACGAUGAAGAGUUUCAAACCAAUGUCUUACAACAUGAGACAGAUAACUUGUGCUCAUGCAAAUUCCUUUGGAGUGAUGAGAGAGGAGUUCAUUAUAACAAGUGGGACUGUGAUAUUUAUUCACAGUAUUUAGACUUAAUAGCAUAUUUACCCAAUGCUGUUAUAACAGGAAAUUGGAGUGGAAUCACAGUGAGAAACACAAACGCCAGUUUUGUAAAUGAACACGCAAAAUGGGUGGUAUUGAAUAACACAAUUAUUAAAGGAAGUGUUAUUGCUGAAAAGGUCAAAGUUCUUAGAAACGUUUUCGCUGACAACGUUGAAGCUAAAGAUAUUUAUAUCGAAGGAAUAUUAUUCGUGAAAACAGCUAAAUUGGGGGUGCAAUUCAAGUUUGGGAAAGAAGAGAAUGGAUACAAAGAGGUCAUUUUGUAUAACAAAGAAAAGAAGGAACUUUAA